AUGUCAAGUACCAGCACAACGACCGUCCAGAGAGCGACGCGGGACCGACAGGAUGGAAUCAAUGUCCAGGCGCAGAAAGGCGUCAAGUCACCCCCGGCAUCUCUGCAAUCAAUUCGUCACCCAACACAAGAAAACCACUUUCCGGAUGAAGAUGGCCGGGCAGAGUCUCCGGGUCGGACAUUGGAGCAGAUGCUCUACGAAGAACCUUCUUCUGGCAACGAGGACAGUCACCGUGUCUUCGAAGUCAAAGAGUCCUGGAACCAUCCUCGCAUCAACAUCUACCGCCUCGCAGCCGUCUUCUUUGCCCUCUUCAAUCUUGGAGUCCACGAUGCUGCUUAUGGACCACUGAUCCCUUCAUUGGAGACGUAUUACGGUCUCAACUACACAACUGUGUCCCUGGUAUUCUUGGCCACGUUUCCGGGAUACGUGCUUGCGGCUCUCUCCAGCGACAGGCUGCAUCUGCGGUUUGGAAGACGAGGUCUGGCGGUAUUCGCAUCGGCUUGUCGAUUGGCCGCAUAUAUCGCACUAGUCUGCCAUCCACCAUGGGCUGUCAUCAUCGUGAUGUUGGUCUUCUGUGGGUGGGGAAACGGUCUGCUUGAUGCAGGAUGGAAUGCCUGGGUGGGAGAUCUCAACAGUCCAAACGAAUUACUGGGCCUGAUUCAUGCACUGUACGGACUCGGUGCAGCGGUGGCGCCUUUAGUCGCAUCAGCCAUGGUGGACAAGUAUGGUCUGAACUGGUACGACUUCUACUUCAUUCCUCUCGGUCUGGCUUCGCUGGAGCUCCUCAGCGGUAUGGCUGCCUUCUGGAAAGACGCUGGUGCCGACUUUCGAAGUAAGAAUACCGAUGCCGGAAACGCAGGUGGACGGACAAGAGCUUCUCUGAAGAGCAGAGUCACUUGGACAGUUGCCAUUUUUCUGCUCGUGUAUGUCGGCUCUGAAGUGUCGCUUAGCGGAUGGAUUGUGACUUUCAUGCAGCGAGUCCGGGGCGCCCAGCCUUUCGACUCUUCGCUGACUUCGACCGGCUUCUGGCUCGGCGUGACUCUGGGCCGUGUGGUACUGGGAUUUGUCACCGGACGCAUCGGCGAGCGCUGGGCCAUUGUGGGAUACCUGCUUCUCGCCAUGGGCCUGGAACUGAUCUUUUGGCUGGUACCGCAAUUUGUCGUCUCAGCUGUCGCUGUUGCUCUGCUGGGCUUCUUCAUCGGCCCAAUGUUCCCGGCUGCUGUUGUGGCAUUAUCAAAGUUACUACCGAAGCACCUGCAUGUUGGCGCCAUCAGCUUCGCGGCCGCUGUAGGGAUGGGAGGCGCGGCAGUGCUGCCGUUCGCAGUCGGAGCCAUCGCAAGCGCCGCUGGCGUGAAGGUUCUGCAGCCCAUCAUUCUGGCCCUUCUGGCGAUGCAGUUGCUCAUGUGGCUCUCAUUGCCUAAGUUGCCGAAAGACAAGCACAAUGACUAG